UCACUCAUCCCAGAGGGGGAUCAUGGGUCAAGACAUUGCGGUGUUUUGAUCAUAGCUUUGAAUUCAUCGCACGGAAACUGAUCGACAUUUUCAUCACCAGAUUCAGAACCCAUGAGAUGAUGGACAACACGUGGGUGCCACGCUGCCGAACGGAUCGUAGUGUACAUACCCGAUACCCAAGAAAGUGGUCCUGCGGUGAUCAUCAACCUUGAUGAUCCAAACACUUCUUUUGACUACACUAUUCUUGGCUUGCUGGAUACCAUGUAGAAGCAUCAAUUGUCUUUCAAUUGCUUCCAUAGCACCAUGCUCUAACCGAGCUUCAGUAUGUAGUUCGCCCUGGAGACACUCCUCUCCUCUUCGCACACCGGAUGAACUCGGACUGGAGGGUCACAAGUUGUCAUGUGGAGAAAAAGGCUUCGAGACCAGGUCGUCCGUCCGGACCCAAGUAGUGUAUGGCACCAUGCUACCGGCUCAUGCUGGUCGGCGUCACCCACCCAGGUUGGCUAGGCCAGGCCACCGAAGCCAGCGCAUCCCACGAUGCCACGCACGGUUCCGUGUUCACCAUCUCGCGUGUUCUCGUCUCCUUCUGGGUAUGUACCUCGCUUUGCUGCUGGGGGGAACCCAGCAACUCGUUAAACUUUUUCUAGUCUGGUCAUGGUCUUGUUGGCUUGCGGCUGCCGGAGUGGCCGAACGGCGGGAAUCGGCAAGUGAUUUUGAUCUUAUCAGAUCAUCUGAUCAUCUGAUAAAAACCGCAAAUGCACACGAGCCCGAUCUCUGGUCUAUUUAAAGAGGAAGUGGUGAACCGUCUUGCUCCCUUCCUUAAGUUCUCCUAUUGAAAGCUCAAACAAAAGACCUUUAUCAGAUCCUU